AUGACUUUGAAGAAAUCGAGGAAGGUUUCAUGGGCUCCUGGACCUGAUUUUUGUCAGGUAAAACAUUAUCGAAAAGAGGAUUGCCCAUUAAAAGUUGGUAGUGGAUCUCAAUAUUGCUUGAAGAAGUCAAAAGAGAGACUUUCUUCCAAAUCUUUGGCUAUAUGGAAAUGCCCUCCCAAGUUCCAUUUGAACGAGAAAUGGCUAGUGGUUGCUGGUGAAGAAAGUAAAGAAGCCAGUAAGCAGGAGGAUAGGAAAAGGAGGGUGAUUGAGGCGGUUUUCCCUAAUCAGUCUGCAAUUCCUCCAAAUCCUUACAACUUGUCUGACCUGGAACAAAGUUAUGAUGAUAACCAAACUCCAGUAAUCCGAACCAUUCCAAUAGAAGAAGCAGAAGCAAAUGUAGAAGUUCCAACCCAAACCAUUAGCAGAUGUCUACCUAACAGUCCAUCAUCAUCUGUCAGGACAGUUACUUCUCAAAAGCUACCUGAUAAUGGAAAGUCGCUUCCAGAAUCUUUGUCAACCUUCCCAAAUGCCAGAAAACCUCCGAGCAACUCUCCUUUAUCUAAAAGAUCGCCUUCUCAUGUGCAAUCUACUCCAACGUAUCAUUUAAGAUGUCAAAAUCUGAAGGGAUCUAAGCAAACCCAAGUUUCUCCUAAACUACCUGUUAGUUACAACUUUGUUCCCUGGUAUCAGCCGACAUUUAAAAGUAUCGGCACUCAGACUGAAAUAUUUCCAGACCAACCAGCUAACGAAAACCAUGGGACCAAGUAUCAAACAAUAUGUGAAAACCAGAAUAUUCCCCAGCUCAAGUCUCAAGUUUCUGGAAUGGCACCUGCUAAGCACAACCCUGUCACCGAAUCUCCAUCCACACAUGAUUUGACAGUUACUGUAGCCACAGCUGUAGCUGCUCUUGCAAAAAGUCAAGAGCAGGGUAGUCUGAUCGAUACCAACUUAUUGGUUAGGCUUCUCCUCAACCCAGAAGAAAUACCAAAGCUGAUGAAUGAACGUGGCAUUGCUACCAAUACUGCCAUGUCUAGGCCAGAGGAUCUACUGCUUCCUUUGCCUAGGACAAAACCCGAUAAGGUAAUUAACAAGCCCAUUAAUGAAUGCCAAGCUCCCCUUGCAGGAUCUGGACCAAGCUUUGUGCCAAAGCCAAUGGCAAAUUCUGCACCCUUGAUGAUGACUAAGCCUGAAACAUCCAUGAGAAGUAAUUUGGUUGCUGAACAAGGGCCCCCUCCAAGUGUAGAAACUGCAAACACUAGAGAGAGUAAGUCACUAGCACACCCCACUUCAGACCUAAAUCUGGAAAAUAUUAAGAAACUGGUUAACAAAUAUGGAGCACCUGACAAUGAAGGAGGAAAGCCCUCGGUUAAUUCUGAGUUAGUUUCCAAAUAUGGUCGUACCACCUUGCAGCCUAAGCUGUCGGUUUCACCAAAUGUUGGACAUACAUCCCCUUCUUCCUCGAUAUUGACUAGUCAUACCCCUCUUCACAAGGAUAUCAAUUAUUGCAAGUCCCUGAUCAAGCAACAUGGAGAACAAUGUGAGUCUGUGGUUGAUGAAAGCUUACAAAAUACCAAUCCUCAUGGUACUACAUGGGGGGCAGGUUUGUUAAAGAACCAAAAACCAAUUCCGCACAGCUUGACACCUUGUGUUUUCUUUAAUAAACCUAAGGGAUGCCGUAAUGGUUCCUCUUGUCGCUUCCUGCAUGAUAUAUCUGGUCAAAAGAGGUCUGGGGGGACGUCGGAAGGUCGGGAUUCGAAGAGAAUGAAGUAA